AUGCCAGAUCCCAAAGCAGUAGACAUCACCAACAUCACUACCAUAUUGUUAUGGUACUGGCCCUUUGGCCAAAGAACUGCCUUGGAGGGCAAUGUGUGCAGAGAGAGGUUCGGCAUACCCAACUGUAUUUUGGUAGACGAUCAGUCCUUGUUCUUUAGGGCAGAUUUUGUGGUUUUCCACAGCCGCAAGCUGAUCAAUGGCCAACAAAGACUGCCUGUGCACCUCACCCGACCACAGAAGCAGAGGUGGGUGUGGUAUUCACUGGAAAGCCCAGGAAAUAAUGGCAAUCUGAAGCCUUUUGCUGGACACUUUAACUGCACCAUGUCUUACCGCCUCGAUUCAGACAUUUGUUCACCAUAUGGCAGGUUGGUACCACAGAACUUUGGAACUGGAUUGACAGUGGAAGAAUUCAUACCAAAGAACAAAUCUUCUCUGGCUUGUUGGGUUGUGAGCAAUUAUGCCCCCCACCAUAAGAGAACUGAAGUAUACAAUAAACUGAAAACAAUUAUACCAGUAGACGUGUAUGGUGGAGCAGUAAAUAAGCAUCUAGAUGAGAAGACUCUGAUAUCCACAAUCUCUCGCUACUACUUCUACCUUUCUUUUGAGAACUCCAUAUCCAGAGACUACAUUACAGAGAAGUUUUGGUACAAUGCCUUCAUAGGUGGAGCUGUGCCUGUGGUUUUAGGUCCGUCCCGGGAACAGUAUGAGGCAGUGGCACCAAAAGAUUCCUUCAUCCAUGUGGACGACUUCAGAUCAAUAGAGGAGCUUGGAGAAUUCCUCAGGAAACUCGCUAAGGAUAAGCAACACUAUGCCUCAUACUUCAACUGGCGACUGAAGUACACAGUAAAACGGUUUGGCGAUUGGAAGGACGAAUUCUGUAGAAUCUGCCCCAAAGUCAGCAGCUUCCAAACGCAGAAAGUGUACGACGAUUUAGAUGCUUGGGAAUGGAAAUAAAGCAGAAGUGUAUAUAUAUUUUUACAUUUUAUACAUACAGGUGUAGCGCCUGUAGCCCCAACCAGGGGUACUAGUAGAGGCACUAACAUUCACCUAGGUUCGGGGAGUGAUAUGCCUUGACUAACACACACAAGGAGUUGAUGGUGAUGAGUUGAACAGAUGGCACUUUAUUGCCUCACAACAGCAAUACUGAACUUGUAUAAAAGAAGAUGAAAUACAACAAAAUAGAACUCUUAAAAUAACAUAGGAAAUAGACAGACAUCUCUCUCAAGCAACUCUCAAUGACUGUUCCUCAAAUGUAGGAGCUGAGGUCCAGCAGGUCAGUUCCUGGUCUGUGUGCGUGUGUGCUUAUGGGUCCAAAGCGUUUAGUUCCGUGUCAGUGUGUGCGUAUGGGUCCAAAGCGUUCAGCUCUGUGUCAGUGUGUGUAUACUCUUCCUAUGAUUCUUUCUACCAGGGUAGGGGAAAUACUGUGUAUGGGUUCUUAUCUGGUGUUGACGUCUUCUAUGAACAGAUCCUAUGGUAGGCCAGACCGCUUCCACCGACCGUCCACAGUCUCACCGGGCUGGGGUCGCCAUCACAAAUUCUUCAAGACUCUAGUAGUUCAAGAAAACCGAUCUACACAAA